CACUGAGCCCCGAUGAUGGGCAGUUUUAAGGUGUGCAAUUAUGGUACAUUUGUUGUAAUGUGCAGUUCCCAGGCCUUUGUUGACUUCCCGGUACUCAACGCUGCAACGCUGUUCUAUGUAAAUGCUCACCAACCCGAGGGAUGCAGCAGUUCGAUCUUCCCAUUCAGUAUGACCACCAGCAAAGAUUCCGGUGCCCUACUACCGGUCUAUCUGAACGAAAGUUUGAUUCUCAGAUCACUGGAGAGCGGUCUUGAGUAUCCCAGACGGGUGGCAGUGAAAGUCAAUAAGUUUUUAAUAAGAAGUGCUACCACGGCAGGUGAUAACUAUCUGAGUGAUGUAUUCCGGAUGUGGGUAAGCUACAAACGGCUGCCCGGUGGGCGGGACGAGGAGAUUUCCUUGAUCGUUAAGUGUUUGCCUGAUAAGGGACACCGAGGGUCAAUUGUUGGCUUGCUGAAUGCCUUCGAUAAGGAGGUGAAAAUGUUUCGCACUAUUGUUCCCGAACUGUCCGCGUUGGUGGAUAAUGAACUGUUUGCAGCAAAAUUGUACUACGCCACAACCGAUCCGAUUCGAAUGAUAGUUUUCCAAGAUCUGAAUGCAAUCGGGUUCACCAUGGCAGAUCGUACUGGCGGUGGAUUGGAUUAUGAUCAUUGUGUGGUGAUAAUGCGAAAAAUCGCAAAAUUUCAUGCUUCAUCUCUGCUGCUUGCCGCCAGUGGGGCAUCAAAGCGCCGAGAGCUGGAAGAACAGUUCGAGUAUGGCUUCAUGAACCCGCACGUGACCGAUGAUAGCAAUACAGUGCUGGACAUUUUUGCCAGUGGAUUCGACACUCUGAUUGGGUGUGCCGAAAAAUGGUCAGAAUUCGAUCGGUGUAUUUUGGAUAAACUCAAAACGAUGCGACCGCGUUACAGGGAACGCGUGGUUGCCUGUUUAAAUCAAAAGUUUUCCGAUGGGUUCAAAGUGAUCAACCACGGGGAUCUGUGGAUUAACAAUAUUUUGUUCCGGUACGGUUUGAAUGGCCGACCAGAGGAAGCUAUUUUUGUGGACUACCAGUUGAGCGUUUACACGAGUCCCGGAAUUGAUCUGAAUUACUCGCUGGUUAAUUGUCCUACGUUUGAAGUGCGCGAGCACCAACGUGGCAACCUAAUCAAAGAGUAUCACUCCGCUCUGGCGCAAGCCUUGAAAGGGAGUAACGUGCCGAUUCCAUCCCUCGCUGACGUGCAGCUGGAGAUCAAAAGGAUGAGUUAUUUCAGUCUCGUGGCCGCAAUCUCAAUUCUACCGAUAGUGACAAUGGAAAGUGUUGCCGAUUUGGAUAUUAGUCUUGAUGCCAUGGUUGACGAGAGUAAAGCCAAAAGUCUGCGGCAGUUUCAGUAUAACGGCGAUCGCUACAGAAAAGCUAUAACCAAAUUGAUGACCCGAUUUGAUCGCGAUGGACUGCUCGACUAGUUGGGCAUCGUUUAGCUUCUUUGGUGUUGGAAGUCAUGAUUCAGAACGGGGACUAGGUCACAAAUUGAAAUAAAACGAACUCGGACUUGGUGCUAAA